CACCACUGAUCCUCUUCCGACGAAGCAAGCUCAUCAUCAAAAUACUCAACCCUCACUCUACGACCACGAUCGAUUUUGGUUCAAUUGCUAUCCGAAUCAAAGUCACUCGCCAUGAGCUACGUCGCACGCCGCGGUCUUUCGACCCUCAUUCCCCCCAAGGUUGCUUCUCCUACCGGAAUUGGAGCUGCUCAAGAUGCCGCCCGUAUGGAGCGCAUAGUGGGCUUCUACGAGAAACUGCCACGCGGAGCAGCACCUGAAAUUAAGCCCACCGGCCUCCUUGGACGGUACCAAGCUCGAUAUUUCGGAAAGAACCCCUCUGCAAUGCCAAUUAUCCAUGCCAUUGGGGGACUGAUGCUUUUGGGCUACAGCAUGGAUUACUACUUCCAUCUCCGCCACCACAAGAACAAUGCGCAUUAAGUCGUUGAUUCCAACCCCUAGUCGAAUCGAAUCGAAGCCGAAGGGCUUAAAGUGCAACCGCAUGUACAUGUACAUAUAGAUAUAAAAACAAUGCAGUAUACUUUCCUAUCUUGUUACUACUAUAAUACAUAUUUUUAGAGAAUUGACUCCCAUUUUCUGUUGUCUCAGUUGAACCGAUUUGCCACCCAUUGUGAUUAUUUUACGGAUUACCAAACUAGAGGAUGCAUACAGAGUACAUAUAUGGGAGGUAGGAGGCAGAAGGCAGAGAUAAAAUGAAAAAUUAUGAAAAAUUAUGAAAACUGUGUCAACAGUGUCAAUAUGCCAACGGGAAUGGCGAGAUAGUUUAUUCGGAUUUGCUACAAUGGAUUGUAUUUAAGUAGGAGGAUGGAUUUCUCGGCUGAAGGAGUCACCCGGCCUCCUGGUAGGGUAGCUCUCUCCUGAUUCCCCGAGAGGUUGAUAGACAAAAAGAGAAAAGCAAGCAAUACUAUAUAACCUCUAGUUAAUUUGGCACCAAUAACUUAAUUCGCAAAAUCACUUUCAUCCACAACAUCCGUGGUUGAUGUCACCAGCCGACCCAUUUUGUUUGGCCGCCAGUCUCAGGUGACCCGGCCACCCACCCAG